AUGGAUGUCUCAGGGAGCUUGAAUUGCGUUGUAGUGGCGGUAGAUGGAAGCGAAGUGAGCAUGGAAGCUCUGAAUUGGGCUCUGGACAACCUCAAGCUCUCAUCGUCUUCUUCCGAUUCAUCAUUCGUCGUCCUCCAUAUCCAGCCAUCACCUUCAGUCGCCGCCGGAGUUAGCCCCGGAACCAUCCCUUUCGGUGGUCCCAGUGGUCUUGAGGUUCCUGCUUUCACAGCUGCAAUCGAGCAACAUCAGAAGCGAAUCACCGAUACCAUCAUCGAUCACGCUCGUCAAAUUUGUGCUGAUAAAUCUGUGGAAGUGAAAAUACAAGUGGUUGUUGGGGAUCCCAAGUAUAAAAUCUGCGAGGCUGCUGAGAAUUUGCAUGCUGAUCUUCUUGUCAUGGGUUCCCGAGCUUAUGGCCGCAUUAAGAGGAUGUUUUUAGGAAGUGUAAGCAACUACUGCACCAACCACGCUCACUGUCCUGUUGUCAUAAUUAAACCCAAAGAAGAUUCUUCAGCAUAA